AUGGAACAGGAGUGGGACCAGAAACCAAAGCACCCACACAGGACCGAUCGGGCCUCGACGGUCACGACCAACGUGCAUUCCCUCACAUUCGCCAUGAAGCGCUCGUUCCAACACGUGGCUGCAGCCGUUCCGUUCAAUGUCGCACCUGUCGCUGCCGUCAAUGGUGAACCCAUUGCUGUUGCAGUCACUAGCUCCGAGAUAAACGACUGUAGUCGACCACGGAAGCACCGAGUGUUGAACCACUCAGCUAUGAAGGUAUACUCGACACCAAGUUCGUGUCUUUCGUCGAAAAAUUGCAACAUUGCGAUGGCCCUAGGGUCCCCACUCUCACGUCAAUGGAGAUGUGAUACUCUGGAGAGCAGGUUACGGGAGGAAGGUGUACUGCAUCUCGUGCUUUCGUUCCUCAACUUUCGGGAUCACCAGGUCAUUCGAGGAACGAGUCGAUGUUGGCGAGAACGGGUUCGGACACUAGAAGUCGAUCGACUCGACGUCUCGGCUCGAACCUUCUCGUUGGGUACUCGCAGUCUCCCCCGAGCAUGUCAAGCACUUUUGCAGAGCUACAGUCGCGUUCGUCGAUUGGACGUGUCAGGUCAGCGCUCCUUCGUUGAUCGUGACUUGCUCCUGUUGACGUCGUGCUUUUGGCCACACCUUGAGGAGAUUGUUGCCGACGACUGUCAGGAGCUUACCAACUUUGGCGCUCUUGCCGUGCUCAAUGCUCAGUCCUUUCGACUUGGUUCCGUGUCUUUCCGUCGGUGCAAGAAGGUUACGGGGACCCUGUUUGCUGGUCAAGCCUUGCCGCUCACUGGUUCCCACCCGUCACUAAGGAGGAUCAACCUGGACGACACGAGUGUGACCCGUGCCUUCAUCUUGCACCUCGAAGCCCACUUCCCAACUCUCGAGCACUUGAGUGCUCUGCACACUCCAGCCCAUUACGCUUUUUUCCAGCAAACGUUGACGUUGAGACCCUUGCUACGUGAACUCCAGCUGCUGGUAAACCAGGAGCUCGUGGAGAUGCCAUUGCUGCCUGCACUUCUUGAUGAGUUCAACCAGUGGUGCCAUAGUCCCUGUCGACGUGGAGCUGGAGCUUUCGAGCAAACGAUAGUGGCCACGGGAUCCCGAGCUCUUUUAGAUGUCCCGUUGUUUCAAACUAGACCUAUCGAUGGUCUCUAUGCGACUGGCGAGACUGAAGACGAUGGGCUGGUAUCGCUGUCACCGCUACUUUAUGCGUGUGCAACCGGACGCACUCGAGUUCUGUCAGCAAUCCUAGCAACAGCAAAAGGUCAGGAGUUUACCAGCAUGUUCGACUUGGAGAAUACAGACGCUGAUGGGUACUCGGCACUGAGUAUUGCAGUUGCGAACGGCUUCACGGAAGCUACUCGGCUGUUGCUGCGAGCUGGGAGUGAUCUGAACACGCGGUCAUUGACGUUCGCGUCACCCCUUUACUUGGCAAGUGAGCACGGGUGGGACGUGUUGGUCGACAUGUUGCUGGAUGUUAAUGCACGACGAGAUUGUGCAGUCCAAGGAGGUGCAACGGCGAUCUGUGCAGCUGCGAAGAAUGGGCACCGGUCGAUCGUAUUGCGGCUACUUGCAGCGGAGCUGCAGGCGGAAGAGGAAGCACAAGAUGGAGGCUGUAUGAGCAGGAAGCAGUUGGUGCAGGCGCUGUUUCUGGCUUGCGAAGGAGGUCAUUUCUUUGUGGUCUCGGACCUGCUGCUGCUCACGGAGCUCGACGCAAACGUUCUCAUGGAUGACAACGUGUCGCCGCUGUACUUGGCGUGUCAAAUGGGGCACGUCGACAUCGUGUCUUUGCUGCUAUCCCGUGGUGCCAACCCGAGCUUCCGUCGGCCACAAAGCCGCGUGUCCUGUUUGUACAUUGCUGCGCAAGAAGGUCAUGACCACAUUGUCCGUCUACUGGUACACGCCGGCGCAGACGUGCACGCAAGGAUGGACGACAUGUCCACUGCCUUGCACAUUGCUGCUCGGAUGGGCCGGACAGAUGUCUCUCGGUCUCUUCUCACCUUUGGGGCUCGCCUGAAUGAUCAGACACGAUCGGGACUAACGGCUUUGUACAUUGCAAGUGAAGAGGGCCACGUCCAGCUCGUGCACUUCUUACUGGGAGCUGGUGCAAAACGCGAUCGACGAACAAGUAGCGGAGCUACUGCUGUGUUUGCUGCAGUGCACCGAGGGCAUGUGUCCGUGCUGGAAGCUCUGCUCUUUGGAGGCGCGAAUCCCUCGAUCUCAAAGCAUAACGGCACCAGUCCUCUUGAUGCCGCAGCUUUGCUGGGCGAUGUCAAAGCAGCGAGACUGUUGCUGUACUUUGGUGCACGUGUGGAUGGAUGGACAGUAGACGCGAUGAAAAGCACCGACGUGAUGCUGCCGGUUGCGAGACCUUCUUCCUAUGCCUACGUCCCUCGACCCAGCAGGUCUUCUUCCACGGUAUCAGCACCGCCAUUGUGA